UCCACAGAAAAGAGAAAGAUCACCAAAAGCUGUGAAUCUCUGGGCCUUUGCACAGGCAACCAUGGUGAAGAAAGUGGCCAUCAUUGGAGCAGGCAUCAGCGGCCUGGCCUCCAUCAGGAGCUGCCUAGAAGAGGGCCUGGAACCCACCUGCUUUGAGAAGGGUGAAGACGUUGGGGGCCUGUGGAAAUUCUCGGACCAUGUAGAGGAAGGCAGGGCCAGCAUUUAUCAGUCAGUCUUUACCAACUCUUCCAAAGAGAUGACAUGUUUUCCAGACUUCCCAUUUCCUGAUGAUUUUCCUAACUUUAUGCAUAACAGCAAGCUCCAGGAAUAUAUUACUAUGUUUGCCAAAGAAAAGAACCUCCUGAAAUACAUACAAUUUAAGACAAUUGUAUCCAGUGUAAAUAAGCGUCCCGAUUUCUCAACCACUGGCCAAUGGGAUGUUAUCACUGAAAAAGAUGGUAAAAAGGAAUCAGCUGUUUUUGAUGCCGUAAUGAUUUGUUCUGGACAUCAUGUGUACCCCAACAUACCCAAAGAGUCCUUUCCAGGAAUAAAACUUUUUAAAGGCACAUGUUUCCACAGCCGGGACUAUAAAGAACCAGGAAUCUUCAAGGGGAAGCGAGUCCUGGUGAUUGGUCUGGGGAACUCGGGCUGUGACAUCGCCUCAGAACUCAGCCACAUAGCCGAAAAAGUCAUCAUCAGCUCCCGAAGUGGCUCCUGGGUGAUGAGCCGGGUCUGGGAUGAAGGCUAUCCAUGGGACAUGCUGUUUAUCACUCGAUUUGAAACAUUCCUCAAGAACACCUUACCGACAGUCAUCUCUGACUGGUGGUACAUGAAGCAAAUGAAUGCCAGAUUCAAGCAUGAGAACUAUGGCUUGAUGCCUUUAAAUGGCACCCUGAGGAAAGAGCCUGUGUUUAAUGACGAACUCCCAGCUCGCAUUUUAUGUGGUGUUGUGACCAUUAAGCCAAAUGUGAAGGAGUUUACAGAGGAUUCAGCUAUUUUUGAGGAUGGGACAGUGUUUAAGUCCAUUGACUGUGUCAUCUUUGCAACAGGCUAUAGUUAUGCCUACCCCUUCCUUGAUGACUCCAUCAUUAAGAGCAGAGACAAUGAGGUCACCUUAUUUAAAGGCAUCUUCCCACCUCCACUGGAGAAGCCAACCUUGGCUGUGAUUGGCCUUGUCCAGUCCCUUGGAGCUGUCAUCCCCACUACUGACCUGCAGUCUCGCUGGGCAGUACAAGUAAUUAAGGGAACUUGCCCUUUGCCUUCUGUCAAGGACAUGAUGAAUGAUAUUGAUGAAAAAAUGGGAAAAAAGCUCAAAUUGUUUGGCAAAAGUGAUACCAUACAGACGGAUUAUGUUGUUUAUAUGGAUGAACUUGCCUCCUUCAUUGGGGCAAAGCCCAACAUCCCAUGGCUGUUUCUCACAGAUCCAAAGUUGGCAUUGGAGGUUUACUUUGGCCCUUGCACCCCAUACCAGUUUAGGCUGGUGGGCCCAGGAAAGUGGCCAGGAGCCAGAAACGCCAUCCUGACCCAGUGGGACCGGUUACUGAAACCCAUGACGACAAGAGUGGUUGGGAGUCCUCUGAAGCCUUGCUUAUUUUGCAACUGGUUCAGACCUGUUCUUAUUUCUGUUGUAUCAAUUGCUGCUUUCAUUGUGUUGUUCUAGCCAUCACUCCAUCUAGGAUUCUGAACAUUACUAACAGUAUCUGGGAAGAACCUUCACUAAAAAUUAAGAAUUUCACACCUUCUAUUUUCCUAUUCAGUGGGCAUUAGUAAGACAGUACUAUCUCUAGGCUUCUAAAUAAGCCCAUAUGAGAAUCAUGUCAUGAUCUAAAGAGCAUUUAUCAUUUUCCCUUAAUUUUCACUAACACUUCAUAAUUC